UAACCUAUUUUGCAAAAUUUUCUGUAGAUGGCAAACAACAACAACCCUUUCAACCUGCGAUAUGUUCUAGAAAAGGAAAAAUUAUCUAGAACUAACUUUCUUGAUUGGGAGAUGAAUCUUAAGAUUGUUCUCGAAUGCGAGAAAAAGCUUUACGUCCUAACAUCUGAGCCUCCCAAAGCUCCUGAAGCGAACGCCCGUGCUGUAUAAAUUACUUCGUACCGGAAGUAUGAAGAUGACGCACGUGAUGUGAGAUGUCUCAUGCUAGCCACCAUGACCCCGGAGCUCCAAAGGCUCCACAAGGACAUGGAAGCUCAUCCUAUGAUGACUCGCUUGAAAGGUCUAUACCAAGGCCAGGCUAGACAUGAGCGUUUCAAAAUCUCUACGACUCUGUUUUCCAGUAAGCUGGCAACGGGUAACCUAGUUGGUCCCCACGUUCUCAAGAUGAUCAGUCAGAUCGAAACUCUUGAAAAACUGGACGCCCCGUUGCACCCUAUGCUGGCAACUGAUCUCAUCUUGGGAUCAUUACCAGCUGAGUAUAGUCAAACUGUAGUGAACUUCUACAUGAACAAACAAGAGAUGACUAUGCCUGAGCUACUGAAAUUCCUCACAACUGCUAAGGAGAGUCUAGGGAAGGGCAAGGGUAAGUCUGUCCUGAUGGUAGAGGGUAGUACUGUUGCGAAGAAGAGUGGGCCACGUUCGCCGGCCGGGACCAAGCGCAAGGGUUCUAAGAAACCCAAGCCAGCGUCCAACUCCUCUUCGUUGAAACCCAAAGAAGGAGCUAAGAAGAAGUCUGCUGUAUGCUAUUAUUGUGGCAAAAAGGGUCACUGGAGGCGCAACUGCGCAAAAUUACUGGCAGAGAGGAAAG